AUGCGCACCGCCUUUGCUGUCACUGCUUUCGUCGCUGCGGCCUUUGCCCAGUCUUCGUCGGUCGACCCCUUCCCGCAGACCACCUUCCUCCAGCAGACCAACUCGCUGGGCGUCGUGACAGGCCAGCCCGCUGCCGCCACCUCGCAGCCCGCCGCCGACUCUGUCAUCCCCGUGCAGCCGUCCGCUGACACCAACGUCGGCGUGCCCGCCUCCAUCCCGGCCGUGGCCCCUGGCAUCUACACCGUCCCCGUCCUCGGUGGCAAUGUCACCCGCAGCGUCGUCGUCAGCGCCAACAACUCGACCACCAUUGUGCUGAACGAGCCCACCUCCGGCUCGGCCGCCUCCAACAGCGCCGGCGCCACCGCCACCGGCUCUGGUGCCUCUGGCUCUGGUGCUUCUGGUUCGCGCACUGGCGCCUCGGGCUCCGGCGCCUCGUCCACUGCCUCUGGCACUGGCGCCGCGAACUCGGCCGGCGCCGCCGCCAACCUCAAGGUUGCCGCCGGUUCCCUCGUCGGGUUCGGUGCCUUCGUCGCUGCUUUCUUGUAA